CACAGCGGCGCGCCGGAAGUGGCCGCUACAGUCGCCAGAGACCCCGGAAGUGGCCGCUGUCGGGGAUUUCUGCUGCCCGGGUUGCGAUGGGUUGCGACGGGGGAACAAUCCCUAAGAGACAUGAACUGGUGAAGGGGCCGAAGAAGGUUGAGAAGGUUGACAAGGAUGCGGAAUUAGUGGCCCAGUGGAACUAUUGUACUCUAAGUCAGGAAAUACUAAGGCGACCAAUAGUUGCCUGUGAACUUGGCAGACUUUACAACAAAGAUGCCGUCAUUGAGUUUUUAUUGGACAAAUCUUCUGAAAAGGCUCUUGGGAAGGCAGCCUCUCACAUUAAAAGCAUUAAGAACGUGACAGAACUAAGGCUUUCUGACAACCCCGCUUGGGAAGGAGAUAAGGGAAACACCAAAGGCGACCAGCACGACGACCUCCAGCGGGCACGUUUCAUCUGCCCCGUCGUGGGCCUGGAGAUGAACGGCCGGCACAGGUUUUGCUUCCUGCGGUGCUGCGGUUGCGUGUUUUCUGAACGAGCCCUGAAAGAGAUAAAAGCAGAAGUUUGUCACACAUGUGGGGCCUCCUUCCAGGAGGAUGACGUCAUUGUGCUCAACGGCACCAAGGAGGACGUGGAGACGCUGAAGAGGAGGAUGGAGGAGAGAAGACUGCGUGUGAAGCUGGGAAAGAAAACAAGGAAACCCAAGGCGGCAGAGUCUGUCUCAAAAUCUGACAUCAGUGAAGAAGCCCCAGGGCCGUCAAAAAUGAAGACAGGGAAGCCCGAAGAAGCCAGCCUUGAGUCUCGAGAGAAGAAAACCAACUCGACUCCCAAAAGUGCAGCAGCACUUGGGAGCUCGUCUGGAAAAGCCGGGAAGCCUCCGUGUGGCGCCGUGAAGAGGUCCAUCGCCGACAGCGAAGAGUCGGAAGCGUACAAGUCCCUUUUCACGACCCACAGCUCCGCCAAGCGCUCCAAGGAAGAGUCGGCCCACUGGGUCACCCACACGUCCUACUGCUUCUGAGGCCCGGGGUGCAGCCUCAGCUGCGCCCUGCUCGUCCCCCUGCAGCGCGGAGGCUCGAGCUGCGUGGGAGGGCACGGGGCGGGGGGGGGGGGACUAGGUGACCCUGCGGGCCCCACCCGUCACCCUCCCCGCCGCCUCUGCCCCGGGAGCACCUGGACUUUCCCACGGCCCCGAAAGCGUGUUGGCCUCACUAUUUAUGCUUAAAAUCAUUAAAGACUCCAGAAUCCUCCUGGGUGGGUGGUUGGCUCAUUUCGACUAAAAUUCUCAUGGUUUUGCUGCCAACGGUUAAUUAAUUAAAUAAGCCAAGUGAAACUGAACUUGAGAAGGGAUGGGUUUCACGUGCGUUCCACCUGCAGGGCUGUGGGAGGAAGCGUCUGGGUGCCAGAGAGGAGACCUCGGGGGCUUUCCUUGCUUUAUCUCUUUGACGAGAGAGGAGAUUUAGUUGGGCACCUGAUGAUUUGGUACAAAAAUAAAGUAAGUCUGAAGUCUG